CAGACGCUUGCACUUUUACUUUAACUCAUUCGCAUGUCGCUCUAUUCCGCCUAUCAUCAAAUCUGUGAUAUCUAACUAUAAUGCAUUCCAAAGUUGACACGAGUACAGACAGCAUGGGGACAUCACUGCUGAGGAAUGUCUUCACCUACAAUAAUCUGGUGCAUGCAGUUUCAGGCGCAGCGGGCAGUGUGGUGGCUAUGGUGGUUUUCUAUCCAUUAGAUACAGCAAGAACAAGGCUUCAGAUUGAUGACCACCGGAAAGCGAAGCACUCCCCUGUUGUGAUGGCAGAGAUAGCAAGGGAGGAAGGGGUGUUGUCCCUAUACAGAGGGUUGAUGCCGGUACUGACAUCACUGUGUUGCUCCAACUUCGUCUACUUCUACACCUAUAACGGACUGAAGGCCGUAUUUUUAGGUCAUACAGGGAAGCCUGAUGCACUCAAGGAUCUUACGUUUGCAUUUAUAGCAGGUGUGAUCAAUGUCCUGGUGACUACUCCAUUGUGGGUGGUCAACACCAGACUGAAGUUACAAGGAGCCAAGUUUCAAACAGAGAAAUAUCGGGAGAAAAAGAUGCCGCUUUAUAAAGGCGUCAUAGAUGCCCUGCUUAAGAUUGCAAGGAUGGAAGGUAUUGGGGCAUUGUGGAACGGCACUCUUCCGUCCAUCGUCUUGGCGUCCAAUCCGUCCUUACAGUUUAUGGUGUAUGAGGUGGUGAAACGAUACUUUCAGAAACUGAUGAAGACAAAGGACCUCAGUGGGUUCCUGUACUUUGUUAUUGGGGCCGUUGCCAAGGCAACAGCUACCAUCACAACAUACCCUCUUCAGGUUGUGCAAUCACGUCUUCGGGCUGGGUACAACAAAGAAGAAAGAUCUGCAAGCAUAUUAAGCAGUUUGAAAGAGCUGAUUAGGCAGCAGGGUGUGAAGGGACUAUACAAGGGGAUGGAGGCAAAGCUGUUACAAACCGUGCUCACAGCAGCCUUCAUGUUCAUGAUCUAUGAGAAGAUUGCAGCGACCAUAUUCAGCAUCAUGGGCCGCAGUCAAGGUCAAGCUUCUAAAUGACCCUGAAUGAAAAGUAGGAAUCAAAAUAGAUAUAGUACCAUUUCUGUAUAGGUAUAUUAGGUCAAUUAAUCUGUUUGGACUUUUCGGUGCCCAGAUUGCAAAACAAUGAACUUUAAAGUUAAGUUACCUGUUGAAUUGAAUAUUGAAUUUACAAAAAGCAAAUAUUUUCAUGUUUUGGCUUAAGAUAUAUAAACCUUUAUUAGAUUUAAACUUUGAAUCGAAUCUGAGAUUUGGUUCUUAUGAUUGAAACGUGUUUGUGGAUACUAAAAGGUCAAUGUCAUUUUUGACAACAUCUUGAAGAAAAGAGAAUUCGAUACAAAAUUAGAGUUUAUAGAAUAAGUACAAUGUAUAGAUAUAUUUCCACAAUAAAUUGUUUAAAGUUAUUAAUCAAAGAUAACAGUCAUGUUUUAUCAGGUUGUGUUUUUAUAGAGGUAGUCAUGUGAUAGUGCACUAUUUAUAGAAAUAAUGCACUAUUUAUAAGACUUAUGAAAUGAGUUUUUUUUACAUUUAUAUCAAGUUUUGUGUUUAUAUUUUGUGUAUACAUGACUAUAUAAAAAUUAGCAAAGUGCAAUGGAACUGUUCUCAUUUUUUAACUGAAAGUAAGUUAAGUGUUUAUUUUAAAGAACAAUUUAUUUUUUUAUGAAUUCAUGCUUUUAGAAAUUCUGGAGUGUACCGGUGUAGUGGUUACAGUUGGUUCCACAUAGUCUACGACAAUAACAGUCCUAGGACAAUGGUCUGAAGGACAUUAAAUUAACAAAUAAUUUUUAUAAUGAACUAGUUUUAUGUCUUCCUGUAGUUUGUAAUCGGUGUGUUUUAGUGUGACACGGUUAACUUUAAACGUUCCAUUGUGAAUACUGAAAUCCUGACAAGAUAUGGAAAUAUCUUUUUCCUUACGUUUCAGUAUUUGAUAAGAUUCAGGAAAUUUGUUUAUACUUUUGCAUCAUUUGGUUAACAUGUAUCUAUACUUAACUGUAGAAGUGCCGAACUAGAUUCAUCGCCAGAGACAAGAUUUAGGGGCGGGGGGUCUAAACUCACUGAUUUAAAUACUGGUCUUGCCUAGUGUAUUCUCCCUUUCCUAUUUCACAUAUACUUUAAUCAUAUUUUUUUUUUUAUAUCUAAGGACAGUGUUAUCACAACUAAGACAUCAGGCCCACAGCUGACUUGUGUUGUAUUUGCCCUAUAUAUGAAUCAUAAAAAGGAAGAGUUAUACUCUAAUGAUGUGAUUGCAAUUCAAUCGUGCUUCCUUAGAUUUGAAUUUAAACUGAAAGGAUGGAGAAAUGAGUAGUUUCCAACUAAUUCAGGUUAGAUUGGAGCAAUGCUCUCUAUUGUAUUGAUAUGUCGCGACAUAUCCGUAAACGGGAGCGAUGCAAAGAUAUGCUUUUAUUUAGAAUUGAGCAGUGCUUAUUAAUAAAAAUGUUCUGCUUUUACGAGACAGAUGCACUAUGGUUAUUUACUCGUGAAUUUUAAAAAUAUCAUGUUAUAUUUUAAAGGAUAAAUAUUAUUUUUAAACUCUUUCUAAUUUUAUAUCCUAUAUAUAUAAAUCGGUCAGUAUAUCGGGAACUAGGUAUUCAGUCGGCAUCUAGUAAAUAUAAAAGUUCCUUACUCAACGUAACGUUUGGUAUAGAGGUAAAUCGUAUACAACAAACUGUAAGUUGAAUAUGAUCCAUAUACGUAAUAAUGCCAAUUUACUUGAACAGAAAAGUAAUUGUGCGCUCAUUCUAAUCACCUUUUGUUUAUCGCUAACUUUUAAAUGUGUACGACUUCUUUAUAGUUCCUUGCCAGUCCUAAAACAGAUCUUUUAGGGCAAGAGCCAUACUAUUUUACAUGUAUAAUCAUAACCGAUGUGAAGAUGUUCGUAUUUAUAAUAAUACCGGUAUUUAUUAACAACUUUUGAUAAUCCAGGUCCAUGGUGUGAUAAAGAGGGCCACAAGAAUGGGCAAAAUAAUAGCAUGAGAUAAAGUGUACCUGUAUAUCUGUUUGGGAAAUGUUCUAUUCGGAUCUUUGAUCAGGUUUGUUCAGUACUUUCAAUAUAACACCUGUGAUGCGGCACAUCGACGAUAAAAAGUGAAUAUUGACUUUGCUGUUACUUAUCAACCUGAUAUUCUUAAUGAUAUACUCAAGAACUUGUAUCGCAUAGCAUAAACACCAUGUUUUUUAUAACUAUCCAGAGUAUGAAAGAAACUAUUAUGUUUGUUUAAACAGUGUGCGUGAAAAAUAAAGUGAAGAAAGUUUU